AUGACGACAACGCACCCCCGUGGAAACAUGGUCGCCUUCCAUUUCCGGCAUGCGAUUCUCCUCGUGGUGUUCUUUGUCAUGUCCAUUGCGAGAAACGUCCAGUACGUCUACAACAAGUUGUGUCUUAGAAUCUUUUCUAUGACUUACUAUCCCAAUAAGUCGCCGCAAAUCAUCCGCGAUGACGUCAGCAAGCUCGGCAAGCUUCCCAAAAGGAUAAGCUGUAUUGUGAGUUUGCGCAGCGACGACGAUGAGAAUGGCGGAUGCGAUGGUGUCAUGGGAGACGUAGCCGAACUAGCCGCCUGGUGUCUAAGUGCGGGUGUUCCGUCGCUCACGGUGUAUGAAUAUAACGGCUGUGUGAAGAGCUGCGUGGCGGAGCUUCAGAAUGCGGUCACGAAAAACUUGCGUGCAUAUUUCGGGUUGCAGACGCCGUCGUUCACCAUCAAGGUUCCUCACACGAACGAGGUGGUGAGCACAGAAGCCAAUAGCGGCGACGCCGACUUGGAAAUCGCAGUGCUUCUGCGCGUGGACGGGAAGCCCACCAUUGUGGAGCUUGCGCGUACCAUUGGCGAGCUUACGGCCAGUAAAGAGCUUCUGCCCGACGACAUCACCGUGAAACUAAUUGACGGAGAGCUCACCGAGUUGGUCGGCCCCGAGCCGGACUUGCUUAUCUGCUUUGGGCCCGUUUUGGACUUGCAAGACUAUCCGCCAUGGCACCUCCGUCUAACAGAGAUGUACUGGGAGCCCGACAACAACAGCGUCAACUAUGCCGUGUUCAUCCGUGCGUUGAAGAAGUUUGCACAGUCGCGCGUCAACUUGGGGAAGUAG